ACCACGACGCUUCUCUUAGGCGCCUGUCUCUCUCCCUGUAGCCAAAACGCGCCGACAUGUCUCCGGAGUCAGCCUCUUUCAUAAAAUCACCGUGAUAAUUUUUAUCUUACGAAUAAACGUAUUAAACUUAUCAGUAACUAAUUAAUUAUUAUCACAAAAUGAAAUAUCGGGCAUCAGAAUGUAUUAAUCUCGAACUCGGUUAAAUAGAUUUAUAGUAACAAUGUAGAUUUUUAAGUAAAAAAACGAGGGUAAAACUGACCCAGAGGCCACAUCGAGAUGAUAUAAAAGGGAGAAAUAGGAGAUAAAAAUAAUCUUGAAAGAAUCGUUUCUCAUUUAUUUCGACGACUUUUGAAUAUUUUUUUAUGGGUGUCAUGUGCUGAUUUAAAAUCAGAGUUACACAGUGAUCAAGAGUUAAUAAAACGACGUAGAAGCCUGAUGCAGGGACUAAAGCAUCGUGAAAUAAAUUAUACUUGGGUAUUAUUGCUUCUCUUAUAGUUUGGAUAUAUAACAAAUAUACAAUUGACUACGGAAGAGCUACCUCAAUGGCCUGAUCGACCACUCGUGCGUUCAUGAAGCUCGGCUGUUUUGAUUCGUCGAUGGACGUGCGGGGGUGACUGGUGUGAUGGGAUGGGGCCAGAGCCCCAUGGAGUUCGGGUAGACCCGUCUCCGGCCCAGCUCCCCAGCCCCCUCCGCCAUCGUAAUCGCCACCACUCGUGCAAGCGUCGAAGAGGGCCACCUCGUACGCGAUGGAGGUCCGUAACACCCAUCAACGGAAAGAAAACGUGCCUCGCGUCCACAGACCUUGCGCCUUCGACAAGAUGGAGGAGCUGGUGCAAAAAAUGCAAAGCAAGGAUGGUGUUCACGUGGGCUGCCAAAAACAAUUCCUCACAUCAAUCCCCUCGGCGUUUACGGGUUGCGAGCUCAUAGCGUGGUUAAUAGAACGGUUCACGAUGGAGCACACAGAGGCGCUCUAUCUGGCCAAUCAAAUCUGCCAAUAUGGCUACUUCUUUCCAGUAAAUGAUUCUAAGAAUCUCACUGUUAAGGAUGAUAGUUCACUGUAUAGGUUCCAGGUACCAUAUUACUGGCCAUGGCAGCACAGAACACCUGACAAUGUUGAAUACGCCAUAUACUUGGCAAAACGUACGCUAAGAAAUAAGCAACGUCAUGCUUUGGAAGAUUAUGAAAUCGACGCUUUGAAUAGUCUGAGAAAAAAUUUGGCAAAUAAAUGGGAGUUGAUUCAAAUGCAAGCGGAAGAGCAAGUACGAUUGUCUAAGGAUCGUAAGAAAGGCGAUAAAAUUGUCAGCGAUUCACAGGAGCGUGCCUUUUGGAGGGUUUAUAGACCACCACCAGGAUGUAUGAGUAGCCUGGAAGUGCCGCCUGUUCCGACGAGAGCAAGACCUGGUUCGAAACCACCAGUGCGUAAAAGAACGCUGACUGAUCUUCAACGUGAAGUUGAGUUCCUGAGAAAUAGUCUGACACGUACGAGAAUCAAAGUAUCGGUGGCAAUCGAAAAUAUUAAAACUUACUUUGAAACAUAUAUGGAAUAUGAUCCAAUGAUUGUGCAACCGUUGCCUUCCAACCCAUGGAUAAAUGAUGAUCAAAUGUUUUGGCAACUCAAUAGCCCAAUAGUAGAAGUUCCUACUGAAAAACGGGUCAAGAGGUGGGCGAUUUCAUUGGAAGAGCUCAUGGCUGAUCCCACGGGUCUCCAGGAAUUCACUAAUUACCUCAGAAAAGAAUAUAGUCAUGAAAAUAUUCGAUUUUGGCUCGCAGUCAAAGACUUAAGACACUGUUUCCAAGCACAAAUACCAGAAAAAGUUGAUGACAUUUUUAGAGAAUUUCUGGCUCCUGGAGCACCUUGUGAGAUAAAUAUUGACGGCAAAACAAUGGAUAGAGUACAUCAAGAAAUGAAAAAUCCAAGCAGAUUUACGUUUGAUGCUGCAGCUGAGCACGUUUAUACUUUAUUGCUUAAGAAGGACUGUUAUCCAAGAUUCAUUCGGUCAGAUCACUAUCGAAAUUUAUUGGCAGCGGGAGUACAACCGUUGCAAAAGAAAAGAUUUUUUGGAUUCGGUGGUCAAGCCAAGAAAAAGGCAGCAUCAAGUUCAUCAACAGUGCCAGUAAAUUUCCAGCCAGGAAACAGUGGAUCUAGUGGAGGAAGGAGAAGAGGAAGCGACCGCAGCCUCUCGGGAUCUGCUCAUGAGCUUGCUAUUUGUGGCGUACGAGAUGUCACUGCAGCCCCAAGGGUGCCUCAUUCUCACAGCCAAUCGAAUCUCUCUGACAUUCCUUACAGGGGAGAUCUGUGCCGUCUGAUUAACAUUCUCUCCAGGCCUAGUUCACAUAGUAUUCAGGAUGCUGGAGGGACGGAGGUAGCUGCAGUUCGCCCUAUGGACGACGUGUGCCCAUGGGAUGCAGCACCAGGACCGAGCACAGAGCCCGACGUCGUUGCGGGAACAUCGUCAGGCUCGACUGACAGCAAUUAUUGGCCUUAUGGAAGUAGUGGGAUGGCUGUACCUCAAGAAACGUCAUCAAGAACUUCACGAAAAAACUCUUCGCAGCUUGAUUCCUGCAGCUCCUCUUCUGACGUCAGCCUAGCCAUCGUUGAGGCUUCCGAUCGACUGAGAAAAACCUGUGGUCUUCAGCAUUCCAGCUCUAUAGCAGCCCCAAGUAUAAGCAGAAAUUAUUCAAUUGGUCCAAGUGGCAAAGUUAAACUAUCAGAAACCAGCAGAUCUUCGAUAAAUUACGCUUCAUCGCAGCAAUCAUUCGAUUUGUCGCAUUUCCAUCAUCAUCACCAUUACCAUCAUCAUCAACAUCCGCAAGAAAAACAGCAAGAGUCAGUGAAAAGUGUUCCUGAAGAAACGGAGUUCAAAGAAGAGAAAAAAGAACGUCUUGCUCCUCCUCUUACUAUGGCACCUCUUAUCAGCAUUAGCGCUAUUGUGGGCGACUUAACAGGAGACUCCGUUGAUUCGGAAAAAAGUGCGGAUGAGUCUGUACCUGAAGAUAGCAAAGAGGCUGCAAAAACACUUAAACAAGAAGAGAAAACUGUUAAAGAAGAAUCCGAGAUUACGGACCGUGCUGAGGAUGCUCAAGUUGUGCCUGUUUGGGAACCAUCUGAGACGAAUCAACGACACAAUGAAACAACUGGCAGCUCCUCUGUCUCGGUCGUGCCUCGGGAACAGCGUGACAAUAAUGUUAAUGAAGUUUGCCCGUGGGAAGACGAGGAAAACUGUAGAGUGGAUACACCGUAUGUAAAGACCUACGCGACAUUAGGUUAUUUGUAAGCUCUCGAUAGACAUGAGAGUAAUUCAGCAUAUUAUUUACAUGCAAUUCACUUCGCACAGGAUCAUGAAAAAAUUAUUUUUCGACGCUGCGCGUAACCAAGACGCUUUAAACUACUCUCAGGUGUUCUAUUAUAGCAACAAAUUUUGAUAUAAUUUGUCUUUCAACAUCUUUUUUGAAGAUAAGAUUUAGCCAUGCUAAUGAAGAAGGAAAGUACUAUGUUAACAUCCGCGAAAUAUUUUUAUUAUGAAUAGAAAUGAAAUAAAAAAUAUGAGUCACGAAAAUGAGUAAAAAAAAAAAAAUAAAGGAAAUGUUUACUAUAUGCAUAAAUUUAAGGCCUACUAUUUUCAAUUCUUUAUCUUAUGGCUGAAUUUUACAGUAUAUUUACUCUAUACAAUGUAUUCUAUAUAAUGUAUUAAUGUAUAUGUCUAUAUUAAAUGAAUUUAUUCAUGUUAAAGCAAAAUAUCGCUAAUUAUAUUGAUAUAUUGACGUUGUAAUAUUUAUGUGAGUAGAAAAUAGGAAUGACUAGAAAAAGAAUGGACAAAAAUAGAAUUCUACUAAGAAUGAAAACUAUUUAUUCGUUAAAAUAAAUAUUUUGAACAUUAUUUAUAAACAUAGAAAAAUAUUGGAAGUUAUUUUUUAAUUGUCAAGAUGAGAUUUAAGGGUGCAUAGUCAAUUAUGAGCCCCAUGACCUCAACCUUAGAUCUCAUUUUCAGUUAAUAAGAAAAGACAUGAUACUUUCUGGUUUUAUUUAUUCAUUAUCAGUUUAUGUCGUGAAUUGAUAUCUACUUAUUUCAAUGUUAUUUAAUCGGUUAAUGUUAAAAUUAUGUCUGAAUGUUGAUACAAUGUUUUGUAGCACAACGUUUGUGUUUUAACAUGAAAAAAAUUUUUUAAAAAUAUUCUAAUAUCUAUUAAACACUAGUAGUGAACAAAUCUUAAAGAUACUAGUAUAGAAUAGUAAAAGAAUAAUUUUAUUUUACACUUGUGUAAUUUUGUAGCUGUAAGUGAACCAUAAUUAUAAAAUAUUUACUCUUGAAUACUAUUUAAUAUUGUCAAACAAGUCAGUGACGAAAUCUAUUAAAUAAUUAGUCAUACUUUGAAAACUAAUUAAGAAAAUUUUAAAAAAAGGAAUGAUUUUAUUAUGGUUGUAAUAGAGAUCAGAUAAAAAUAAUACAGUAAAUCUCAGAAUUUGUUACUGCCCCUGAUUCUGAUCUUACUGCUAUUUAUCUGAUCUUGUUUAGUUGUAAAAUCAAUUUAUUAUAAGUAAAGAAACUCUUAAAGAUAAAAGUAUAUUUUAACCCAAAGUUUUAAAUCGCGGAUGAUGGAUGAGAGAAUUUAAUAGACCCAUUUAGUUGUAUUUUUAACAAAUAGAUCAAAAAAUAUAUAUAAUGAUUUAAUUUAUUACUUAUUAAAAUGAUUGAUAAUAUAAAACACAAAAAAUUGUUACAAAUUUGGAAAUUAAUAAUUUUUUAAUAGCACUUGUAUUUAAUAUUACACUUGAGAGUAGUUUUAAGUUAUUUGCUGCAUAUGGACGUAAAUAUAUGUGAAAAAUCAGACUCUUUAAUUUGGGAGUUCAUACAAAUGUUAGCGUGAUUUUAAUUGUAGUUACUAUUAAAUAAUGUAAUUAUAUUAACGAUUAGCAGGAAUUAAUCGUACGUUUAUGAAAUAGGGAUAUAAUUAAUAAUAUUAUACUGGACAACAAAAUAAUUCAUUAUUAAUUGAUUCAGUUGCUUUUCAUCAUUCUGAUUACACAAUUCAUUGACAAAAUUGCAACCAACAACUGAAUAACUGUUAUUGUUAUUUACUAUUAAGAUAGAGAUUCUAUUUAUCUAUAUAAAAGUGACAAUUACUAACAUCUGCAUUGCUUUUCAAAUCAUAUUAUCCAUGUUGAUAUCGAUAAAUAUUUAUGUAUCUGAAGUCUAUAAAAGUCACAAAAAAAAAUUUAGACUCAGUAAUAAAUCAAAAUUAAGAAAACUACAAGCUAAAUUUAAUCGAUUCUUGGCAUGUGACUGGAAUCUUGUCUGUUUAUUUAUAUAAUUAAUAUAAAUAUAACCAUUUUGAAAUUUUUUGUUGUCCAGACAAAAGAUAAUGAAAAUUUGCCAAGAUGCGAAUUAUAUACCCUUUCGAUAAACCAAUGGGUAAAGGCACUAUAGAAAAAAGUUAUUGCUGGUUUGUAGAAAAUAUACCGACUUAUAAACUCACCAAAAAGUUAGUCUUCUAGUAAAACAAAAGAUAAUAAAAUUAUUAAAAAAAAUAUAAAA